UUGACACAGGCAGAGUUUGGCUGCCACUCUGAUAACAAGGACCUUUAUAAGUCAGAUGAGCAGAGAAGUCACUCUGCAGACCCCUGAUCCUAAGAAAGAUGAACAUGCAUCUAAAACUGGUGAUCUUCGCCCUGUCGCUCUUGACAACUUCAGCAUACCCACUCCACCGUAACAGCAGGGAGGCCACCUGGACUGAUUCAAAGGCCAACCAGGCUGAUGACAAGACAGAGCAAACAAAAGAUGUGGAUAAAAUCUUCAAAAGCCACAUAGACAGCAAAGACCUUUACAAUCAAGAUGACCAGAGCAAAAACCCUGUGACAGAAGAGAUGCAACUUAAACUCAGUAUGGAGUCAGAGCGUCUGCGUAACCGUCUGCGUCAAGAACUGGCCGAGCUCCAGCAGAGGCUGUCCCCGUCUCCGGCUCACCUCAGCUCCACCCUGGCCAGCAUGAGGGAGCGCUUGGCUCCCCUCACUCAGCAGCUCCAGAGCUCUCUCAGCAGCAACACCCAAGAUCUGUGUGGCCAGCUGAGCCUCUACCUGCAGGACCUGGAGACAGCAGAGGCCCAGCCAGAGGCCAAUCCAGCUCUCUACCAGGAAGCCUUCCAUGGGAUGAGCCAAACCCUGGAGCGCAGCAGCUCCAAGGCCGCCGACAUCAUCAGCGACUUCCAUACAAAAACCGUCGAGGUGACUGAACAUCUGAAAGAGAUCAGUGUGAGCGAGCAAGAGGCAGCCAAUUCAGAGCUCUGGCAGGAAAUCAGUUCCAGGUUGGGACAGGAAGUGAGUUCUCUGAAGGUAGAGGCACAUAACAGGGUGGAAGCUCUCAAAGCAGAGCUUGCUGCCCUGCUAGAAACCGCACAGCCUCAUAAGGCUGAACUUAUUGCCAGUGUGGAGCGGUUCUGCCAAAAUGCAGCCCUGCAGAGCCAACUUUUUGAGGCCCGGAUGGAGAGGCUCUUUCAGGGGCUGGAGGAGGAGACGGAUGUCCAGGGAGCCUCCAGCCUGUCUCCUUCAUCUUCCUCCUCAUUCGUACAGUCAGGUGGCUCUUUGCAGGAGGACUUCACAGUUAAACUCUCUGCUUUGAUCCAAGACAUUCUGCAUGCAGUGUAGUGACAGACACAAUGAAAUAUUUGUAAUUAACUGCUGUUGUGAUCACGUUAAUGUGAUUCUUGCAUUCUUGUCCAUGAAUUUAGUUUGCCAAUGUACUUGCAAAGUAAGAAGCCUGUAAAUAUUUAGGAAUGUAUAGUUUUCAUUGUUUUAUGCUUCAUUCUAUAUGUGAAGGAGUGUAUAAAGUUGUUAAUGAUAAAAAAUAACUUGACAUUUUGUGUGUAAUAUUAGUCACAGAGUACAACAAGAAUCUCAUUUGAUACUUUAUUUUUAAUCUGUACAAAACAACAGGUCGUACUUGUACACUGCAAUAUCUAACAUGCUCAAAAAUAUCUUAACUUAACUGCUGUGAGCAAUUGACUUGAGAUUCUUUAAAAGAUACCUCAAAAACUGGUACAAAGAUGUUAGUGAGCCAUUCAGAAAAACAGCCAAGUCAAAGCAAAUUUAUAAUAACACAAAAUAUUAAAAUAAUUAAUUUCUUUAAUUACUGAAUGCUGAAUGCAGUUGCAGAAGACAGACAGAAAAAGUAAUAUACCUGUAAGAUACCAGCGUAUUUGCUUGCUUUCUAUGUUCCCCUGACAUGAACAUUUGUUUAUUGCUGAAAAAAAUUACAAAAUUGUCGUGUUCACAAUGAACACUACAAUAUGGUCUGAGGUGAUGAGGCGAAGACAGUUUGCCAGCUGAUCUGUCAGUCAAAGGCAUGAGGUAAUCCUCCCACCCAGUAGAACUUCUUCAGGACGAACCAGCCACCCAGGACCAGCAAGACAGCGGCGGCAGAGCCAAACACCACCCCCACCACCAGACCCGUCACAUUCACAUCAUCCCUCCCUGAUGCCACGUCGUCACCUGAUGCACGCAGGGGGAGAUUAAUGGAAAUCACUUUUUGAACUGUUGAAAAAACCUCCAAGACAUUAAAAUACAUUUCUAGAACGAUGAAUGUGAUCAAAAGAUACUCACUGUAAGAAGCUGCAUAAGGCCUGUCUUGGUAGGGGAAAGUAAGAAAGAGACAGUCAGUGAAAAGUUCAGUGUUUUAAAA